ACUGCUUAGGCGAUUUAUGUAGAAUUUGCAGAUGGAGAUGAGUAUUGUUAAGUUACAUAUUACAGCGCUGCUAGCGUUGGCACAAGUUUUGCCCAAAGCUAGUCCCACCUCAACUCCACCGCCUGCUGCCACCACUCUCUUUUCUCCGUCUCCGCGUUACUACUCCGCACCAUUUAAUCCCUCAACCGUAACAGGUUCGUCGAAAGUACCUAAUAUCGUUAUUAUAUUGAUAUGCGUCGUGCCCACCAUAUGCGCUUUUAUCUUCGUUGGACGCAGAUGUUAUAUCAAGAGGAAGAUUAGAGGGGAGGCUCUGGAGAGCGACAAGGAGCUCAACAAAUUGCUUGGCCAAGCUGCUCAGUCGGUUCGCUCAUUUGCAUAUGCAGACCUCAGCGCCGCCACCAACAACUUCAGCGACGCUCAAAAGAUCGGAAGCGGUGGCUUCGGAUGUGUAUACAGAGGCACUUUGCCUGCCACAAACGAAGCUGUGGCUGUGAAAAGAGUAUCUCCAAAUUCCAAGCAAGGUUUCUGGGUUGGUGCCAUCGAAAGGACGAUUUGCUUCUGGUCUACGAAUUGCUCUCAAAUGGAAGCCUGGACAAAUAUUUAUUUGGGGAGACAGAGGAUGCUUUGAAUUGGGAUCGAAGAUACAGUAUAGCCUGUGGCAUAGCCUCGGCUCUGGUUUAUCUUCACGAGGACCGGCAUGAGAGCGUUGUGCACAGAGACAUAAAGGCCAGCAAUGUUAUGCUGGAUUCGAACUUCAAAGCCAAGCUGGGGGAUUUUGGGCUCGCCAGAGUGAUGGAGCGCGAAAAGGGAGGACAUACCACUGCGCCAGCCGGAACAAUUGGGUACAUAGCACCAGAGGCCGUAACAACGGGAAAGGCCACUCGAGAGUCCGACGUGUUCAGCUUUGGAGCCCUGAGUCUCGAAAUUGCAUGUGGAAGACGGCCUGCAGACUGGAGCUUGAUUGAACACAAUUGCAGAGUGGUGGAAUGGGUUUGGCACUUGCAUGGACAGCACAGGAUUCUUGAUGCAGCAGAUGAAAAACUGGGUGGAAAUUUCAAUGGUGAGGAAAUGGAACGGCUUAUGAAAGUGGGAUUGUUGUGUUCUCAUCCCGAUCCAAAUGCCAGACCGACUAUGGAAAACGUGGUGGGUAUAUUGAAAAGAGGAGCAGAGUUGCCCCAUGUUUCUGUAGAAUUUCCUGAGCCUGUGUAUGGUCACCGUCCUCCUGCUGAUAUCACCUCAUCGUCAAUAUCAAUAGUCGAUGGAUUUCUGUGCUCGUCCAGUAAGUUUUCCACCGGCUUAGGAAGCCGUUCCCUAUCACUUUCUGACCCAAAUUAGCUAUACAAUAUGUGUAUUUAUCGGAAUUAUCUCAAGUGAUUGCUCUGUUGGUAAAUGGAAAAAGGUAACGAGCGCUUAUAUAUGUCUUGCAUGUCUGGCCCCUAGCCAUUGAUCAUAUUUUAAUCAAUAUGUGGACCAAUGAUUUAGGGCCAAUUGGCGUGUAUUUUAUAGUAUUCUUCAUCCACUAUGAUGUAAAAUUUGGAGUUGUUGUAUGGCAGAUUUCUAGCUCCAUGAUUUGGAUGUCUCAGAAAGUAAUUAAGAGUUUUUAGAGGGCGAAUAUUUUUUGUAGUGAGGUUACAUUGGCUAAUUUGGUUUUCAUUCUAAUAAGUUGAUUCUUGUAGUAGUUGUAAAA